AUGGGUUUGGGUGUUACAAAAACUGUGUACCCAGGGUUUGCCAUGCCUAAAAGCAUGGAAAAUUACAAGUGGGAAAAAGGUACAAAGUUUUCAUCAAAGAAGGAAUUUCAAACUGCCAUUGCAACUUAUGCUGUACACAAUGGGAAAGAUCUACCACAUGAGGAUACAUGGCAAAUAAGAACAAAGAAUGAUGUACAUUGUAACUCAUGCUUAAGAGAUACUAAUGUGAAGUUAAUGACUUCAAAGUGGCUUGGGAAAAGAUUAAUUCCUACUAUUAAGGAAAAUCCAAACAUCAAGUGCACAGACAUUUGUAUCAAAGCACAUCAGAAAUGGCACUCUGGAAUUAAUAGGAUGAAAGCAUACAAAGCUAAGAGGGUUGCUAUUGAUAUAGUGGAUGGUUCAUUCAAAGAGCAAUUUCUUAGAUUGCAUGACUACUGUAAUGAAGUCAUCAAGUCUAACCCACUCAGUACAGUCAAGUUGAAAGUACAAAAUACUAGUGUUGUUGAAGGUCAGGACAUUAUUGUUGAAGAUUAUGUGGAUAGGCCUAUGCUACCUAGUUUUCAAAGACUUUACAUGUGUCUUGAUGGAUGUAAGAAAAGUUUUUUGAAAUGUAGGCCUAUCAUAGGACUUGAUGGUUGCUUCUUAAAAGGUUAUUAUGGUGGGCAAAUACUGGCUGCAGUGGGUAGGGAUCCCAAUGACCAAAUGUUGCUAAUUGCAUUGGCAGUAGUAGAAGCAGAAACAAAGGAUUCUUGGGCUUGGUUCCUUGAUUUGUUGGUUAAUGAUCUAGGUGGCCAACGCAUCUGCAAAACAUUCACUUUCAUUUCAGACCAACAAAAGGGGCUGUUACCUGCUAUGCAAGAGCUUCUACCUGGAGUUGAACACAGGUUUUGUGUUAGACACCUCUGUGAUAACUUCAAAAAAAGGUUUCCUGGAAAAAAGCUUAAAGACUUGAUGUGGAAAGCAGCCAAUGCAAGCUAUGCACAAGCAUGGCAAAGAGAGAUGAACGAAAUCAAAACAAAUAAUAUUGAUGCAUUCAACAAGACAGAAGCCAAUUGUCACAAUGCUUGA